GCUCACUGGUCUGGAACUUGAAGAAGUGGGUAUUCCCCUUCCCACCCCAGGCACUGACGGAGCGGCCCCCCGGGGAUUCCAGGACCUGAGCUCCGGGAGCUGGACUCGCAGCGGCCGCAGCAGAGCGAGCGGCGCCAGGAAGCAAGAAGGAGACGCCCGCAGGAGGCCCAGCAGCCCGGGGCAACUCACAUGGCCGCCGCAUGGCCUCCGCUGCUACUGGCGCUACUGGCGCUGUCCUGGCCACCCCCAGGAACCGGGGACAUCGUCGUGCAGGCGCCCACCCAGGUGCCCGGCUUCUUGGGCGACUCCGUGACGCUGCCCUGCUACCUACAGGUGCCCGGCAUGGAGGAGACACACGUGUCACAGCUGACUUGGUCACGGCAUGGUGAAUCCGGCAGCAUGGCCGUCUUCCACCAAACGCAGGGCUCCCACUAUUCGGAGCCCAAACGGGUGGAAUUCGUGGCCGCCAGGCUGGGCACGGAGCUGCGGGAUGCCUCAUUGAGGAUGUUCGGGUUGCGCGUCGAGGAUGAAGGCAGCUACACCUGCGUGUUCUUCAUCUUCCCGCAGGGCAAAAGGAGCGUGGAUAUCUGGCUCCGAGUGCUUGCCAAGCCACAGAACACAGCUGAGGUUCAGAAGGUCCAGCUCACUGGAAAGCCGGUGCCCGUGGCCCGCUGCGUCUCCACAGGGGGUCGCCCGCCGGCCCACAUCACCUGGCACUCAGACCUGGGCGGGAUGCCCAAUACCAGCCAGGCGCCAGGGUUCCUGUCUGGCACAGUCACUGUCACCAGCCUCUGGAUUUUGGUGCCCUCAAGCCAGGUGGACGGCAAGAGUGUGACCUGCAAGGUGGAGCACGAGAGCUUUGAGAAGCCUCAGCUGCUGACUGUGAACCUCACCGUCUACUACCCCCCAGAGGUAUCCUUCUCUGGCUAUGAUAACAACUGGUACCUCAGCCAGAAUGAGGCCACCCUGACCUGCGACGCUCGCAGCAACCCAGAGCCCACAGGCUACAACUGGAGCACGACCAUGGGUCCCCUGCCACCCUUCGCUGUGGCCCAGGGCGCCCAACUCCUGAUCCGUCCUGUGGAUAAACCAAUCAACACAACUUUCAUCUGCAAUGUCACCAAUGCCCUAGGAGCUCGCCAGGCAGAACUGACCGUCCAGGUCAAAGAGCGACCUCCCAGUGAGCCCUCAGGCAUGUCCAGUAACAUCAUCAUCUUCCUGAUUCUGGGAAUCGUGAUUCUUCUGACCCUCCUGGGGAUCGGACUUUAUUUCUAUCAGUCCAGAUAUUCCUGUGAGUUCCUUUGGCACCAUCAUCUGUCUUCUUCGAGUAAGGAGCAUGCCAGCGCCUCGGCUAAUGGGUAUAUCUCCUAUUCAGAUGUGAGCAGAGAGGCCAGCUUUUGCCAGGAUCCACAGACAGAGGGCACAAGGUGACACCGUCGGGACUGAGCAGGGAGAGAGACUGGAGCUGGCAAGGACAUGGGCCUCCGGAGUUGGACCCCGCCCCAAUGGAUGAAGACCCCCUCCAAAGAGACCAGCCUGCCUCCCUGUGCGAGACCUCAAAACGAGGGGGGGCAGGUGCAAGUUCAGAGGUCUCCAAGACCACCCUCUGUUCAUUUGCUAGAAGGACUCACUAGACUCAGGAAAGCUGUUAGGCUCACAGUUACAGCUUGUUACAGUAAAAAGAUAGGGAUUAAGAUGAGCACAGGGAGGAGGUGCACAGCCCACGUUCCAGGAGAGAUGAGGCGCCGGCUUCCAGCUGCCCUCUCCCAGUGGAGCCAUAGAGGCAGCACCUGAUUCUCACAGCAACACACGUGACGACGUGCAAGUACUGCCAACCAGAGCAGCUCACUCAAGAUCUUCGUGUCCAGAGUUUUUUGUUUGUCUUGAGACAGGGUCUGGCUCUGUUGGCACACUGGAGUGCAGCGGUGAGAUCACAGCUCAUUGCAGCCUUGACUUCUCAACUCCAAGUCAUCCUCCCACCUCAGCCUCCUGAGUAGCUACGACUACAGGUAUGUGCCACCAUGUCUGGCCAAUCUUUUUAUUAUUUGUAGAGAUGAGGUCUCCCUGUGUUGCCCAGGCUGGUCUUGAACUCUUGGCUUCAAGUGAUACUUCUGCCUUGGCCUCCCAAAGUGCUGAAUUAAGCAGCUCACCACCCACAUGACUGACCUCAUACAUCAAGCCAAUACCAUGUGGCCCAAGACCCCCACCAUAAGUCACAUCAUUUAUGAUGUGGCCCAGAGUGGCCCAAGACUCUCAGAUCAGCCACCAGCAGGAUAUUCCAAGGACUUGGAGAUGAAUGCCUAGGAGCUGACGAUAAAGGGCCUCAUCUUUGUUUGGGCAAGGUUAAGCCUCUACUGCAUAGCAGACCACACAGAAGGGUGUGGACCACUAGAAAAUUUUGGUAAAAAUUUGGCCUCUGGCCUUGAGCUUCCAAUUCUCUGUAUCCGUCAGAUCUCUGUGGUUACAAGAAACAGCCACUGACCCUGGUCACCAGAGGCUGCAACUCAGGCCGCAAGCAGCUGCCUGGGGCAUGUCCUAGGAGCAGAGACAACUACUGGACGUGAACUUGAAGAAGGUAGUCAGCUGCAGCCACUUUCAGCCAGCAUCUGCAGCCAGCAAGCUGGGACUGGCAGGAAAUAACCCACAAAAGAAGCAAACGCUAUUUCCAGCUCCAGGGAGAGGGGAUGCAGGGGGAGGCGGCACUGCAGUUGCUCAGGACACGCUCCUGUAGGACCAAGAUGGAUGCGACCCAAGACCCAGGAAGCCGAGCUGCUCAGAUGCAACUGACAAGUUUACUUUAAAAAGGUCUAUGAUCUUCAGGGCAGACACCAGAAUUCCUCUUAUAAAGAAAACUUUGGGAAAAUACCUUGAGGGAGAAAAGAUCUUGGGCCAAGAUGCUGAAUGAGAAUGCAAAGCCUGAGCUGCUCUGCAAGAGAAAACAAACGGGACGGAGGAUCUGCUGUGGACAGAGAUGGAAGAGUGGGGAACAGAGAAGUGUGGGGAAGAGAUACGAACCAGCAGGAUGGCAGUGGCAAAAGGGUUCAAGGGGUGAUGAGGCCAGUGGGACCCCACAGAGUUGAGGAGACAAAGGAACAUUGGUUGCUUUGGUGGCACAUAAGCUCCUUGUCUUUCUCCAGCGCCCAAAAUCUCAUUAAAGCUUAUUUAUUUACCUCCA